AUGAGUAAAUUAUUUGUUGAGUCAUUAGAUGAAGUUGCUUCAAACAGCUUUAUUAAUAACCUUAAUAAAGACAAGGAUAAGAAGAGUAAUGCUACAACAAGUAGCAUCGAGUUUAAGAAAGAAUUUAAAGACGAUUCAAAUCAAAUUAAAAAAGAAGAAGAAAAAAAGCCGAAAAAAAGAGAUAAUAAUGAAUAUGAAUAUUAUUAUCUACUACCAUCAGGAAGUUUAGCAAAAGACACUGGGUUUGGUGUCUAUAAAGUCAAAGACAAACAAAUUAUUAAGGCAGGAACACCUGUAACUAUCCAACCAAAGUGCAGUCAAGGGGUUAUAAAAGAUUGUACUUUUGGUCGGUAUGUUGUAGAAAAAAUUGUUUAA